UGAAUAACUUAUUUAUUUGAUUCAAUUAUUUUGGUACGGAUACUUUAAUCAUGGCUGCCACGAACUUUAGCCGUUGUAUUUUAAGUCGUAUUUUGCUAAAUAAUGGUAGAAAUAACGUAUUUAAAUACACGACAGCUCAUGCAAGAUGUAUGUCAACACAAGGAGAAUUUAUAAUCACAGAAAAGAAAGGUGCAAAACAAAAUGUUGGUUUUAUCCAGUUAAAUAGAAGGAAGGCGUUGAAUGCACUAUGUGAUGGAUUGAUGAGGGAAGUAGAGGAUGCAAUCGACAAAUUUGAAGCUGAUGACAGUAUUGGAUGCAUUGUUCUCACAGGCGGGGAAAAGGCAUUUGCUGCUGGUGCAGACAUUAAGGAGAUGAAGGACAGAGAGUUCUCUCAAGUGUUUAAAGGAAAUUUUCUCUCAUACUGGAACAGGCUGGCAGCCUGUAACAAGCCUGUUAUUGCAGCUGUGAAUGGAUUUGCUUUAGGAGGUGGUUGUGAAAUUGCAAUGAUGUGCGAUAUCAUAUACGCAGGAGAAAAUGCCCAGUUUGGACAGCCAGAAAUUACCAUAGGAACCAUACCAGGUGCCGGAGGUACUCAGAGAUUGUGUAAAGCUAUAGGAAAAUCCAAGGCAAUGGAAAUGGUACUUACUGGUAACAGAAUUAACGCACAAGAAGCUGAAAAAGCAGGACUAGUUAGUAAAGUGUUCCCAGUUGACCAAGUUGUUGAUGAGGCUAUAAAAACAGCUGAACAAAUUGCCGGUUUCUCUAAAGUCACUACUGCUAUGUGUAAAGAAGCUGUCAAUUCAGCCUAUGAGAUGUCCCUUUCAGAAGGUUUACAUUUUGAAAAGAGACUUUUCCACGCAACUUUUGCAACAAAAGACAGAAAAGAAGGCAUGACAGCAUUUUUGGAGAAGAGAAAACCAGACUUUACUGAUAGCUAAACACUGAACAUUUUGCCAUUUUAAUGACUGAUGAUGAUAUAUUAACCAGAUAAAUUUUUGUGAUAUAUGCUGAAGAAAUUUGAGUGAAAUAUAAAUGAUAUUAUACUGUGUAGUUGUGUCAGGGUAAUAACAUAUUAUAUGUCAAAACAUUGUCUUUGUGAGCAAAGGGAGACAAUCCUAUCAGUGAUACAGAAUGCCAGUGAGAAACAGUGUAUCAGUGAAAAUAUAAUUAUAUAUUUUAACAGUGAGAAUCUGAUUUAAUUCUAUGGUUUUAUUAAAGUAGAAGUCAGGCCAGAAGUACUGUACUUGUCAAUAUGUUUUUGAUACAUUUGUUUUAUUGUACUGACUUUGUUAGAAUAUCAUUAGACUUUGUAAAAAUACAUUUUGAUUGUGAUUUGUUAUAAUUAUGACUUAAUUUGCUGGUUUGAUGAGCAUAAUAAUCAAUUUGACAAAAUACUGUUUUAAUAAA